ACCACGACCAACUGCCAAUAGUCUACUGCAUUAUGUUCGCCUACGCGAUGCUCUUAUCAUUUCUCUACUUCAGUCUCACCCAUAUAGGCAGUUGGAUCGUUACGAUUCUGCAGAUUUUCGUAGUCCUACUGCAGUCGCUGAACCCGAUGCUGCCAGUAGCGAUGGUUAUGGGUCAAACAGUAGCUGCCAAACGUUUACGUAAUCAUCAUAAAAUAUUCUGCCUUCAACCUGAGAGGAUACCAGUAGCCGGUAAGAUCUCUAUUAUGGUAUUCGAUAAGACCGGCACUAUCACUAAGGACGGGAUGGAACUGUCUGGGGUGAUCCCUGUCCGGAGAGGCAGUUUUGACAACCGUGUCGAUUUUGGUAAUCACCCCGCGAGCAGACUUCCUACAAACGUUAUUCAUGGCUUGGCUGCAUGUCACACGGUCAGAAGACUCCGCGAUAAUCGUCUUGUCGGCAACCAGGUUGAUAUAGCAAUGCUCGAGAAAUGUGGGUGGUCCCUCUCUGUCGGAGGGGAUAAUACCUUUGUUACUUCACCUGAUGGCAGUAGCGUACUUGAAGUCCUCAGGCUGCUGCCUUUUGAUCAUGUUCGGAUGAGCAGUGGUUGUGUGGUUCGCGAGCGUGAUACUGGACGUGUCCAGGUGUUGGUGAAGGGAUCGUAUGAGCGUAUGGGAGAGUUAUGUCGCGUUGUACCGGCAGACUAUUCGGAACUGACUGACACGUUAGCGGCAUCGAAUAUGUAUGUACUGGCAUUGGGUGUGCGGGAGAUCGGGGCUGAUAUGGUGGAGGAGGUGUUGACUAUGAGUAGGACAGAGAUUGAGAACUCGUUGACAUUGCUGGCCCUGCUGCUCUUCAAAAAUGAGGUUAAGCCGGAUAGUGCAUUGGCUAUCAGUAUGCUACGGGAAGGGGAUAUUCGCAGUGUGGUGUGUACCGGUGAUAAUCCAUUGACUGCCAUUGGUAUAUCUAAGGAGGUUGGUAUAAUAGAUGAUACCAAACCCGUAUUACUUGCUCAUAUCGUUACCAAUGAUAAAGGAGGAUCAUCUCUGGUGUGGUCUGAUCCCGAGUCAGGUGACGAGAUGACGCCAGUGAAAGGAGUCCAUCAGUUAGUGGUAACCCGUGGGGCGUGGAGGUAUCUCUACUAUGAGCAACCUGACGAGUUGGAGGAGUAUUGGUACGAUAUACUGGUGUACGCUCGGAUGAAACCGUCUGAUAAAGUAUCGGUCGUUAAAUGGUAUCAAUCACAUAAAUUGGUAGUUGGCAUGUGUGGUGAUGGUGGUAACGAUUGUGGUGCCUUACGUGCCGCCCAUGCUGCAAUGGCAUUAUCCCAGGCUGAGGCCUCAAUGGUGUCACCCUUCAGCUCAUGCCGUGAUGGUUGUAGCCUCAUUACUGUAGUGGACCUUAUACGUGAAGGUAGGGCAUGUCUAGCUACCAACCUGGCUACUUACUCCUACUAUAUCGUAUAUGCUCUCAUACUCAGCGUUGGGCGUCUCUCUGUCACUAUCAUUGGUAACUUCAACUUCGGUGAGUGGGUUGUCAUAACGUUCGAUAUUGUCCUUGGUAUAUUCUUGGUAUGGACAGCGACGUUGUCGGGACCAGCUCAUCGACUCGCUAACUACCGACCAACUGCUUCGCUACUGGGCUGGCGUACCAUUCUGUCCUGUGUGGUACCUGCCUGUAUCGCCAUUGGGGCGCUUGUAAUCUCUUAUGCAGUCCUGUGGUCGCCAUUGAACUCUCAAUGGUACUACAGAGUUAACACGCUCGACCUUAAAGUGCCGCCGCAAGAAUGGACGAAAAAGGGUGAUAACUACGAUACAGCAGUGCUUGUUUUUGUGAUGUUCACUGUAAUGGCCAACCACGUCUUCAUGGCCACAUAUGGAGGCGCCUUCCGCUUCGCCGUUCUGCGUAACUGGAGCGUUACCAUAUUUUACGCCGGUUUCAUGGCCUUCACGCUCGCUUUACUCUGGGUUGAUCCUUGUGAUCUGUCCUGCGUCUACCGGGUCAAUUGUGACAGCGGCUCGUCGCUCGCUUCGGGGUCGAUACCGUUUGUCAGCCAAUUCUCAGUUGGUAAUAUUGGUGGAUGCUUCCUAGGUCCUCAAGUACAUCGUUAUCAGCAGCUAGGAUACGCGAAUUGGAUUCCAUCACCAGAGCAUAACUGUUUACCUCCGCGAGAAGCAUUGGCGAUCUUGCCCUAUGACAGUCCGGGGAUAUCGGCUCUCGGCUACGAUGGGCCGAACAACGUUUUUUCGACUGUCUAUAGAAUUUUCUUGACGCUACUACUCGCCGUAACGACCUUUUUGAUGCAUUUAUUCGUGAAGGUGGGGCUUUUAGGAUCCGGUGCCGUCUUCUUUCGCUCGAGGGCUCGUCUCGCCAAGACCUAGGCACCUUCGUGUACUGAAGUUUUCUCAUAGGGUUAUGUAUCACACGCGGUCUGGUUUAACUGACGUGAAGGGUCUUUUGUCGUGGUUCUCGUGGGCUAUAUUGCACGAAGGUCGGCUCCAUCGAACUCGCCAUGUCGCAGUAUAAUAUUUCCGAAUUUUAUGCUUCUUUCCGUUUUGACGCUUGAAGCGUCACGCUUCACUGCUAUACAGGCUC